AUGGCCAGCAGAAACCCCCGGCGCACAAGCAUCCUCUUCGAGGCGUUUCGUCUCGGAGGAGCCAAAGCUUUAUCUGAGAUAUAUGCAGCCCAUGGUGCUGUUCGAAAUGCAAAGCCAGUCGCAUUUCCAAAUGAUAUGAUGUGGUGGGAUGAUGAGCGUGUUGAGACAACAGUUGACCGCGCAUAUGUUGAAUCCCACUUGCGCCCAGAGGAGAUUCUGAGGUUGGACCAACAACUCGGAUUUGGGGAUGGCCUGACGGAUGACACGUAUUUCGAGUGGAUAGUAACGAAGGCGAAACGGAUCUUUCUGAUCCUUGUUGAUAUCGGCGUGCCAGAUCAGAUUUUUGGCGCCGUCGACGAUUCGUGGGAUGAUGAUGAUCUCCCACUUCAGCUCGAUCAAGUGGUGAGACUACAGUUGAGGCGGAAGAAAGAUGAGAGGCUGGACAGGAAGUUUUUCGAGCGACAGUUCACUUACUUGAUGAGGCAUCUAAAGCCGGAAGAGAAUCUGGUCUAUGAAGACGUUGAGAUUGUUCCUCUAGAGCCAUUGGAUAGACGCAACGUCGGGACUCAAGCCAGCCCUAUACAUUCUAAUGUGGACAAAGUGUGCAUCCCAGGACGGCCUGAUGAUAUUUUUAUUCGGCGACGGAUUUCACUUGGUGACGGUCCUGGUCAAGUCACAGAAGCGGACUUCUUGUCUGGAAUUGAGAGGAUGAGGGCACGGAGUAACCAGCACGUCGUGUCUUUGUGGGCAUCUUACAUACAGCAGUCGGCCGGGUAUCUUCUCCUAACUCCAAUACACGAAUGGACCCUCACAUCUGUUCUAACGACUCUGCCGCCGUCUAUGAAGAUUUUAGCCAAGAGGGACCGACGGGUUCUUGUGCUGGACUGGAUGCAUUGCCUUGCGGAUGCAGUUGCGUCUCUCCAUAAUCUAGGCUUAGCUCAUGGCCAGAUUAAACCAUCAAAUAUCUUCCUCGACAUGGACAACAAGAUCUUUCUCGGCGAUGUCGAUGUUUUCGGACUGGACCCCGUGAACCAAUUUGACCAGGAGAACUACGACUACGGCGCUCCUGAGCUUUCAACCCAUAUCCACACCGAACCCGACGAACCCCAACGCCUCAUCAACCGAAUGCGACGCAGGUCCUCUGCCACAUCCCCCGAACCAUCUCCAAGACGCCUCUUCCCACCCUCACCACCAGCAUCCCCCUCACGCACCAACAUAAUCACAACAACACUCUACCUCCCCACUCCCACCGCCCCCCCUUCCCCAGCAGGCGACCCAAUCAAAGGCGACAUCUACUCCCUCGGCUGCAUCUACCUCGAGCUCCUCACCCUCCUCAUGAAACGCUCCUCCCGCACCUUCUCCCGCCACCGCGCCUCCAAGCCCUCCACACCACCCACCCGCUCCGCCCCCCGCGCCGACUGCUCCUUCCACCACAACGCCGCGGAAGUGGAGACCUGGGUCUCCAGCCUCGCCAAGGACGCGAGAAAGAAGGAAGACCGUCUUUUUCGCGGCAUAACGCACUUAUUGAAUCUGACGCUACGCAUGCUUAGCCCGCAUCCGAUGGAUCGGCCGAGUGCGAGGUUUUGCGAGGAGAGGGUUUAUGAGAUCCUGACUAAUAAUGCGGGAGUGGGGGGGACGCAUUGUGGGAGUGCGAGGAUGUGGAGGGUGGUGGAUGGGUUGGUGGAGGUUGCGAGAGGGGUGCCGGGGGUGGGGGGUGAUACGCCUGGUGGAGGGAGGGGCCAGAGUUGGCUGACGGGGAGGGGAGGGAGUAGGUCGGGUAGUGCGAGUCAGAGUGGGAGCAAGAGUAGUGGAUCUGGGCCUAUGGGACGGGGGCAGGGGGGGAGGCCGAAGGCGAGGCCGUGGAAGGCGCCGAUUUAUUCUGACACUGGCGGGAACAAUGAUAGGCAGACCGGUCGCAAAGCUCAGCUCUCGAAUAUCACAGCCGCGAAGACAGUUGCGGAUAUCAUCAGAUCAUGUCUCGGACCCAAGGCUAUGCUGAAGAUGUUGCUCGAUCCCAUGGGCGGAAUCGUGUUGACGAACGACGGCCACGCCAUUCUCAGAGAGAUCGAGGUUUCACAUCCGGCGGCGAAGAGCAUGAUUGAGCUCAGCAGAACACAGGACGAGGAAGUUGGAGAUGGAACGACCACAGUUAUUAUUCUUGCUGGUGAGAUCCUCGCACAAGCUGUCCCGCAGCUCGAACGCAACAUCCACCCCGUCGUCAUCAUCUCCGCCUUCAAGCGUGCUCUCGCAGACGCCAUCCAGAUCAUCGAGGAGAUCUCUCUCCCCGUCGACAUCGAUGACGACGAGGCCAUGUACAAGUUAAUAUCCUCCUCCAUCGGCACCAAGUUCGUCUCGCGCUGGUCCGAACUCAUGUGCAACCUCGCCCUCAAGGCCGUGCGCACCGUCACCCACGAGAUCGGCAACGGCAAGAAGGAGGUAGACAUCAAGCGUUACGCGCGCGUUGAGAAGGUUCCCGGCGGCGAGAUCGAGGACUCGCGGGUGCUGGACGGCGUCAUGCUGAACAAGGACAUCACACACCCCAAGAUGCGUCGCCGGAUAGAGAACCCGCGCAUCGUGCUGCUGGACUGCUCGCUCGAGUACAAGAAGGGCGAGUCGCAGACCAACAUCGAGAUCAGCAAGGAGGAGGACUGGAACCGCAUCCUCCAGAUCGAGGAGGAGCAGGUCAAGGCCAUGUGCGAUGCCGUGCUGGCCCUCAAGCCCGACCUCGUCAUCACCGAGAAGGGAGUCUCGGAUCUCGCGCAGCACUACCUUCUCAAGGGCAACGUGACCGCCCUCCGCCGCGUGCGCAAGAGCGACAACAACCGUAUCGCCCGCGCCACCGGCGCCACGAUCGUGAACCGCGUCGACGACCUGACUGAGGACGACGUUGGUCUUCUGUGUGGCCUCUUCGAGAUCGAGAAGAUCGGCGACGAGUACUUCACCUUCCUCACCAAGUGCCGCGAGCCAAAGGCCUGCACUAUCCUCCUCCGUGGACCCUCGAAGGAUAUCCUCAACGAGAUCGACCGUAACCUCGCGGACGCCAUGGCUGUCGCGCGUAACGUCAUGUUCCACCCGCGCCUGGCGCCCGGUGGUGGCGCUACUGAGAUGGCGGUUAGUGUCCGUCUGAGCCAGCUGGCGAAGGGCGUCGAGGGCGUGCAGCAGUGGCCGUAUCGCGCGGUUGCGGAUGCGAUGGAGGUUAUCCCCCGCACGCUCGUGCAGAACGCUGGUCAGAGCCCCGUGAGGGUGCUGACGGAGUUGAGGGCGAAGCAGGCGGAGGGUGGAAGCAGCUGGGGUAUUGAUGGUGAGACGGGUAAGCUGGUUGAUAUGAAGGAGUAUGGUGUUUGGGAGCCGGAGGCGGUGAAGCUGCAGAGUAUUAAGACGGCUAUUGAGUCGGCUUGCCUGUUACUGCGUGUGGACGACAUCUGCAGCGCCAAGGCAGCGAGGAUGGGUGGACCUGGUGGAGGAGGUGGUGGAGAGGAGUAA